AUGCAUACUCCGGUCUGGCUAUUGGCUGGUUUGCUCCAGUUGCUAUGGCGGGUGGAAGCAGUGGAACAAGCAGCUACCCCCGUUCAUACCCGCAAGCAGCAGACAAGUGUAGCAAGUGGCUUGCCAGUUGUCUUUCUGGUCAAGACCUUCGCAGUUCUUCUCACCGAUGUGAACGCUUCUGUGACGAUGGAGUGCGCUUAUCGUUACCAACCCGACGCCAGCGUCGAGUGGAAAGUUCCAGUGGAUAUCAAGUCUCCCUACUGGACACAAGAACGUAUAUGGAUGAUGGAUAUCUCCGGAGCAAUGACGCGUGCCGUUCAAGCCCAGCUGACGAUAGAGCGUGUCCAGAGGGAAGACGCCGGUAAUUACAGGUGCGUUGUGACCGCCGGGUCCAAGUCUGCAGAGCGCGUCUCCGUGGCAACUGCGAUAGUGCAGCUGCAGGUAAGGCCUGAACAGCCCGAAGAUAUAGGCAGCACUGUGCAGUCGAGGAGGCAUGCCUCUCCACCGCCAUCACCCCCUGCCGUUUCUAUGGGCAGCAUCAUGAAAUGGAGCAAGCCUGUCUCUAUUCCUUCACUCCCCUCUGCCGUUUCCCCGUGGACUGCGUCUCCCCCGCCAUCGCCCGUUGUUGUCACCAACAGCAGCAGGCGGCCGGGGUCGGAGGAGAAGUCAAAGAGUUCGCUCUCGCCCGCCUACGCCGGCUUGGUGGCGGUGAUGUGCGUGCCGCUGGUCCUGUUGGCUGGGGGUCUGCUGGUGCGCUGUUGCCGAUCCCGGGCACGCUCAGCUGCCCGCGACAUCAUUCCCAUCACCAUCGGGUUGUCCAACCACAGCUGCAUCAUCCGAACGGACAGCCAAAACUCCUACGUCAGCGGCCAACAGGCGUCCCUGUUCGGCGGCAGCACCGCGCCGCCCUGCAGCGUGACCUCCGACAGACCCAGCAGCUUGGUAUUGCCUGGGAUUGGCGCACACAGAACACCCAGCGCCAGGAGCGGCAGCGACCAAACGUAUUGCACCAUCGAGGAGCCCAGCUCAUGCUUGGACAAUGCCCCCGGGAAUACCUAUCAAGAUAGCCCCAAUCCGCCGUCGUCAUCGUCGCAUACCAGAUCUUCACCCUGGCAUGGUGCCGUUAGCGGCAGGCAUCAUCUCAAGGACUCCAUACGUAGACGCAUAGCCAGCAUUGGCAGAGCCCUGGAGCUGCGACGGCACGCAACGGAGACCCCGCCGAUGCUUACUAGUAACAGCGAUGGCGGUGGCGGCAGCGGCGGUGGUGGUGGCAACAGCAGGGCGGGGCGCCUGUCCAUUCUGGAGCGCUCGCAGCUCAACUGGUUCCACACGGACGUGAUGGCAGCGACGACGAACGGCACCGCCAGCUCGGCAUGGGGCCAGCUUGACCCGUUCCCCUCAACCACCGUCACCACCACCACGACAUCCACGGAAGCUGCUGCUGCUACCGUCAGCAAACACCACCCACUGCCGUUGGAUGUGUCAGAAGAUGUGGAGGCUUUGCGAUCACCUUCUCCACAGCCGACGCUCCUUGUCUAUGAAAUACCCAUCGACGUUUUGCAGACCCCAAAAAGUAGUGGUGAGUGGGACGAAGUGGAUCAAGUCGCGGCACUGGUUUACGGCAACGCUGAGGAGUUGCCGAUAGGAGAGCCUCGCCUAGUUUAGCCUCGCUAUGUGUGUGGUGAGGUUUCGGGAGACGCCACAAGCAGUGCAGACAUGGUGCUGAUGAACAACAUGUGCGUGUGUGUGCAAGCUAUGCCCAUGCCCCGGGAUAGUGUAUGCACACCACCUGUGUGAUCGCUCUACCAUUAAGCAUGUGUGCGUGUGUGUGAAGGUGUGUACAGGUGCAGUUGUGUGUGUGUGUGUGUGUAUGUGUGUGUGCGUGUGUGUGCGUGUGUGUGUGUGUG